AUGUACCUUCAUUGGGUGAUUUUAGCAAACGUCAUAUAUACCUCAUUGCUCACUCCAGCAACAGCAUUGGCUCACCCGAAGAUAACAAGAAUGGAAAUCGAAUCUAAUAUCCGUUUCCGUUUAGCGACAACCACCAUCCGCAUGUCUGUUAACAACACUGAAAAGGAAUCAAAAAUCUUUUAUUUUGAAGUUUUAUUGCCAAAUGAUGCGCUGGUGUAUGACGUGUAUCUAAACGUUAAUGGCACCAGUUUAAAAGGACGCACAGAAAAGAAAUCGAAAGAUUACAGAGAAUGGAAAAAACAGACGAAGAAGAAUUUCCAGAAGUCGAUUAAAAAGCAGACCUUUUUCGACAUCAACGUGUUUGCAAUGAACACCACCUUAGCAGGUAAAAGUGAGGCAUUUUUCAAUUUCACCUACAAGACACUGCUGCUUCGGAAAGAUGGUCUCUACACACAUCGAAUUCCGAUCUUUCUUCGACAGCACCUAGUCGUCAAACAGCUUCAUGUACUCAUUUCUCUAUGGGAGCCGCAACACAUUCAUCGAUUCACUGCCUCGCUAAUCAAGGAGAAAAACAUGCCGGACAUUGCUAACGAACAGAACUUAGAGGAAUUGCCUCAAACAUUGUGGAAGAGUCGCAAUAAUAUUUUGGUGGACUACACAGAGAAGCUGGGAAAAUUACGAAAUGUAUUUUCUCGUGUCUUUCAAGUUCAGUACGAUCUCAAGCGACCAGAAGACAACUAUGGCGAUAUUCUUUUAAUAUCUAGGGGAGCAAUACGCAUGCGUCAUUUCUUUCAUAUUCAUUGGACUUAA